ACUCGAUCCACUACCGGUAGGGCUGUUGUGGCUGUCUCAAAUGGACGUUGUCAUCCUUUCCUGAGCUUCACGUCAGCGGACAAGACUGCGCUAUGAGUCGCCUGAAGCUCUACGUAGCGGGCUCGGCCGUCAUGGCCAACGUGGUGCUACUGCGCGCCUACUACGAGCGACCAAACUUUUACUCGGCCGCUGUCUACAUCUCGCAGAGCACCGGCUCCCUUAUGUUCCUGGUCAACCUCAUGCUCAUCGGGGCAGCGAGCUUCGGCUAUGCGCUCCAGCGACUAUUCUAUGGCGCCCUCCGCCCCAUCGAGACGGAGCAGCUGUACGACAAGGCAUGGUUCGCCGUUAGUGAGACGCUGCUGGCCAUGACCAUCUUUAGGGACGACAUCGGCAUGUGGUUCUUCGCAAUGUUUCUCUGUCUGCUUGCCGGGAAAGUGUGGCAGUGGAUCGGUGAGGGAAGGGUCGAGUUCUUGGAGCAGCAACCGCCCGCCAACCCGAAGCUUUUUCACGCCCGUCUGAUGAGCUCGCUGCUCCUAUCCGUUGCCUUUGACGUCUUCAUGAUGCGGUACUGCGUCGACUCGAUCCUGUCAGAUGCGCGUCCAGGUGUCAUGGUCAUGUUCGGGUUCGAAUACGUCCUCCUAGCAAUCGCAUCCGUCUCGACCCUGCUACGAUAUUCGCUGUCGCUCGUCGAAAUCGUCAUGACCCAACGCCAGGAGACGGCACGGGAUGAGGCUCGAAGACUUGCAAGAGAGCAAGCGCCUGCUGAGACCGCCGACGACGCUGAAGACGACGAAGACGAGGGGGAUGUUGCUGGCUGGGAGGAGAAGGGCCGCUGGGUCUUUUAUUUGGAUCUCAUGACCGAUUUCAUCAAGUCGGUUGUGUACCUUGGUUUCUUCAUGAUCCUCAUGACUUUCUACGGCAUACCCAUUCACAUCAUGAGAGAUCUUUUCAUGACUAUUCGCUCGUUCGUAAAGAGAGUCCACGACUUCGUCCAGUAUCGAAAUGCGACCCGCGACAUGAAUACUCGCUAUCCGGACGCCACAGCAGAAGACCUCGAGCGGGAGAAUACGUGCAUUGUUUGUCGUGAGGAGAUGCGGCCAUGGGCACAACCUGGCGCAGAAGGCGCGCAACCCCGUCGACGGAUGGACGAACGGCAAAGAGCGAAGAAGCUCCCAUGUGGCCACAUCCUACACUUUAGCUGUCUCAGGAGUUGGCUCGAACGACAGCAGGUGUGUCCCACUUGUCGACGACCGGUUCUCUCGCAGCCGGCAUCGCAGAACGCACAGCAAAACAACCAGGCAAAUCCCAGACAGCAGAACCAACCAAAUCUUCAAAACCAGGGUGCACUCGAAGCGCUUCUUCGUGGGAAUUUGCAACCAGGCGUGGCCGGACACCAGGCCCAACCGGCUCAGCCUGCUCCACAAGGCGCACAGCAAAACAGGCCAGGGGGUAACAUGCGCGUCUUCAACCUUGGCCCCUUCAGGAUCGCGUUAGGUAACAUCCGUCUACCACCAGGCCAACAAGGCAAUCCCGAUGAAGUGAGAAAUGCUAUCGACCAGCUUCGACAGCAGGCCACUCCAAACCAAGUUGUGCAGAAUGCGAUCCAGCAAAACCAAACCCAUGCUCGGAUCUCGCCCUCCACACAAGGCUCAAGUUUCAAUCCUCUCAUGGGCCCGAUUCCAGGCGCUUUCGCCCAACAUCCUGCGGACAUACAGUCGGAUAUACUGCGUACGCAGCAGAAUAUCGUCGAGUCGCUACGUCAGCUCAACGCGCAGCACGAGCAACUUGAUAUAGUUCAAAGGCUUCUUGGUGAGCUCAACAGGCUUCAGCAGGUAUCUGGUGGUACUGCAGUCAUCGGCCAGGGAGCUCUACCUAUCUCACCUCCAGGUCCGCAACCUCUUGGCACCUACAAUCCGCAAGCAUAUCUCGCAAGAGGUCCGGUCCUGAGGCAUGGAGAUACUGAACUACCCCAAGGCCUUACGCUUCCGGAAGGAUGGACAUUGAGGUCUAUGGCACUCACGCCACAACCAGAACAAGAAAGAGUAUCGAUUUCAAUGCCUCCCCAACUUUCACAACCAGUGACAGAAGCACCACAGUCAGACACCAGUAUUGUAAACUCGUCGGCAGAACCCGUGAGCGCGCCAGUCGCAGCUGCAGCAUCAGCACCAGCUUCUGCAGAUUUACCUGCAAACACAUCGUCACAAUCUGCCGAGUCCAGUUCUCUGGAAUCAAGUUGGAGUUUCGGCAACGUUCCGGAGAGAAAUGAAACCGUGGGCUCCAGCUCUGCGGUUGAGGGAAAUACCCCAGAUGAACAGAAUGUGACAAAGCGGACAGUCACCGUGGAAGACGCUGAGGACAACGGCCAAUGAUUCAACGAACGGAUGGGUUCACGAGCUCUGCAUUGCAUAGCGAGGCGUUUGGGUUUGUGCAGUGCUGCCCUGCAUCAAGAUAAGGCAGACCGUUUCAAUUGCAUACAGUAGUACAACGAUGUUUGAUAACAAUGAAGUGAUUGUAUUCCAUUUGACGAUAUUCUUACAUCUAGACUCAUUCAAUCUGCAUCGGG